AUGUCAUUUUAUUACAAGAAACACAUUCAUGACCUAUCCCUGUUUCUUUCUACAGCCACAGAGAAGAAAUCAGAAACGGGAGAAGAUGAUCGCUAUCUAUUUGCAGUUUCUGAGAUGCAAGGAUGGAGAAUCACUAUGGAAGAUGCCCAUGUGACCAUGCUGACCCUUGAAGAGAGCACAGCCGAUAAAAACACAUUCUUUGCUGUUUAUGAUGGACACGGUGGAAGUACCGUCGCGAGGUUUGCGGGGAAGAACGUUCACAAGCGACUAGUUUCAGAAGAGGCAUAUCGUGAAAAGCGUUAUGAUGAAGCAUUGAAGAAAGCAUUCCUUGGCACCGAUGAAGAUCUCCUCGCUGAUCCGUCGCAUACCCGUGACCCAUCAGGUUGUACUGCUGUAGCUGCUUUGAUAACAGACGAUAACAAGAUUUAUGUGGCAAAUGCUGGUGAUUCCCGGUCUGUCCUUAGCGUCCAAGGUAAUGCCAAGCCUUUGAGUUUCGACCAUAAACCAUCAAGCGAGACCGAACGGAAACGGAUCACGGAAGCUGGAGGAUACGUAGAAUAUGGACGCGUCAAUGGAAACCUUGCGUUGUCUCGCGCUUUGGGAGAUUUCGAAUUCAAGAAAAACUAUGCACUCGGUCCUCAAAAACAAAUUAUUACAGCUGAUCCUGAUGUCACCGUCCACGAUGUGACAGAUGAAGACGAGUUUCUAGUCCUGGCCUGUGAUGGUAUCUGGGACUGUCUAUCUUCACAAGCCGUCGUUGACUUUGUGCGGCUAAAAGUCUCAGAGGGCUUGGAACUCAAAGAGAUCGGAGAGAUGAUGUGCGAGCAUUGUCUUGCUCCAGAUACCUCGUCUGGGUCAGGUAUCGGGUGCGAUAACAUGACUGUCCUCAUCGUGGCUCUUCUUCAUGGGAGAACGAAGCAAGAAUGGUACGACUGGGUCAAAGAUCGUGUCAAGAACCGCUACGGUUAUUCAACACCCGACUCUAUCCCACAAAUCUAUUCAUCAGAUCGACUGUCAUCAUACAGAGCGCGGAGAGAGGCGCAGCAAGAGAGGGACAGAUUGAGGAGGGAGCGAGGCGAGGACAGCUCGUCAGGCAGUUUGUUUGGCGGAAAUAGUCCAUUUGCUCGUGUCUUGGGAAGCACUGGUGGUAUUUCUUUCCAUCCGGGUUCAGGGAUCCUUAACGAUGCUGGUCGCCUCAUGUUCGCCAGCAACGACGAUGAGGACGACAGUAGUGAUGACAUGGAAGCGUCCUUUAGUGGACGCUCAUUCUUCAGCGACACGUUCGGGCUUCCCCGUGCACAGCCACCUGUCGCUGGAGCUGGUCUGCGCGCACGCCUUGCCUCCUUUGAGGUCGACGAUGACUUUGACGAUGAAGAUACUGACAAGUCCUUGGAUGGCGUCGCCCGGAUUGAGGAGGUUCAGGAUGAUGACGAUGGAGCUAGUCCAUUCGAUGACGUAAAUGACGGCAUCCCGAAAUCCCCCAGUCCAUCACCUAGUCCGCCAAAUCCUAGACUCAACGGAGAUGUCACUCCCGUCCAGCAAUUCAAGGUGCCUCUCCGAGGUGAUCCCCCGAUGAAUGUUGACAGCUUAAUGCCCUCUAGUGAAGACCCUUUGAAGGCAUAG